AUGUCUUUGUAUAUCGACGAAUAUGUCGGUGUGGAUGAAGUGAGUGCCACUGGCUCUGAGCAACAGCCAUUCAAGAGCGCUGCAUAUGCACUGUUCAUGAGCCGUGAAACCGGUAAAGAACCAAAGCUUUUCAUUUUCAAGAAGGACCCCGAAAACGGCGAUGGAUUCGUGGAAAUCUCGGCAAGCGCCCUAAAGAAAGCCCGCAAAGGUUGCGAGGGUCUUGUGAAAAAGCAAGCCAAGCAAAUCGAGCAAGAGAAAAGAAAGCAGGAGCAGGAGGAGAAAGAGGCUGCCAAGAAACUCGAAGGCUUGAACAUCACCAUACAGCAGGACACUUCCCUUCCAGAAGCGAAGAAAUACAAGGUUGCAAAGUCUCACGAGGCAAUCGAUGAAAGAGUAAAGGUUUCUGGCUGGAUCCACAGAUUGCGUUCGGGCAAAAACCACGUUUUUGUUGUGUUGAGAGAUGGUAGUGGUUACCUGCAAGCUGUUCUCACUGGUGAUUUGGCCCUAGCUCACCAGACCUCCACAUUGACCUUGGAGUCAACUAUUACGCUGUACGGUAAAAUCAAAAAGCUUCCUGAGGGCAAAGUUGCUCCUGGGGGCGUGGAACUUCUCGUCGAUUUUUACGAGAUUGUCUCUUUGGCACCAUCGGGCGAGGACGCAUUUUCCAACAGAAUUGCCGAGGGAGCCGAUCCAUCUUUACUCUUGGAUCAGCGCCAUCUUGCCCUACGAGGUGAAACUUUGUCGGGUGUUAUGAAGGUGCGGGCUGCUUUCCUCCGUUGCAUUCGUCGUUUCUUCGAUGAAGAGAGUAUUCUUGAAGUUACACCUCCUUGCAUGGUUCAAACUCAAGUGGAAGGUGGCUCCACUCUUUUCAAACUCGGCUACUAUGGCGAAGAAGCUUUCUUGACCCAGUCUUCUCAAUUAUAUCUAGAAACGUGUUUGGCCAGUCUUGGUGACGUUUACUGCAUCCAAGAGUCUUUCAGAGCUGAGAAGUCUCAUACCAGAAGACAUUUGUCGGAAUACACUCACAUUGAGGCCGAGCUUGGCUUUUUGAACUUCGAUGACUUGUUGGUUCAUCUCGAAAAACUCAUCACUAAGACCAUUCGGUACGUUUUGGAAGAUCCUGUUGCUGGGCCAAUUGUCAAGCAAUUGAACCCCGGGUUCAAGGCUCCAACAAUGCCUUUCAUGAGGUUGGAGUACAAAGAUGCUAUCACUUGGUUGAACGAGCACGAUAUCAAGAAUGAGGAGGGCGAGUCAUUCAAGUUUGGAGAUGACAUUGCAGAGGCUGCUGAAAGAAAGAUGACUGACACUAUCGGCCUCCCAAUUUUCUUGAUAAAAUUCCCAGUCGAGAUCAAAUCAUUCUACAUGAAGCGCUGUCCCGAUGAUGAGCGUGUUACAGAGUCGGUCGAUGUCUUGAUGCCAAACGUUGGUGAAAUUACUGGUGGCUCUAUGAGAAUUGAAGACACUGACGAACUACUGGCAGGUUUCGCUCGUGAAGGAAUUAGCGCUGACCCAUACUACUGGUUUAUUGACCAAAGAAAGUACGGUUCUUGCCCUCAUGGCGGUUACGGUAUUGGUACCGAGCGUAUCCUCGCAUGGCUGUGUGACAGAUAUACCGUCAGAGACUGCUCUUUGUACCCCCGUUUCACUGGCAGAUGCAAGCCAUGA